AUGACGCUGAUCAAGCCUGGAAACAAGGCUAAAUUCCUCAUCCCACUUAUUAAACAGUCCCAUGCCGGGCAAUAUGUCUGUUUGUGUCACAAGCCUCCUAAUUGGGCAGAGAAGAGUGAUACCCUGGAGCUGGUGGUGACAGGGUAUUUCUCCACAAAACCCACACUAUCAGCCCUGACAAGCCUUCUGGUUACUUCAGGAGAGAACAUGAUCCUCCAAUGUGCCUCACGGGAGAGAUAUGACAAUUUUAUUCUGACCAAGGAAAAUGAGAAGUUCUCCAUGCCCCAGGACUCACAGCAUAUAAACUCUACUGGGAAGUUCCAGGCUCUUUUCCAUAUAAGUCCUGUGAAAGUCAUUCAUAGAGGAACGAUUAGAUGUUAUGGCUACAAGAAUAGUACCUAUGUGUGGUCGAAGCCCAGUGACUCCCUAGAAAUACACAUCACAGUGUUGCAAGCUGGGUUAUACCAGGCAAAAUUCAUCAAAAGCAAUGUGACCUUUAUCGAUGGGGGCAUCUACAAGUGCUACGGCUCUGAAGACACAUUGCCCUACUUAUCGUCAUACCCUAGUUACCCUGUGGAGCUUGUAGUCUCAGGAUCCUUUGAAGACCCAGAUUCCUCAUCCCAAGAGCCCAUUCCAACAUCUGCAAUACUUCCAAAGCCUGCCAUCAGGGCUGAGCCAGGAUCUGUGGUUGCCGAAGGAUCUCAGGUGACCAUCAUAUGUGAGGGAACCUCAGAUGCUCAGGGUUACUAUCUUUACCAUUACAGAAACCUAGUUUCUCUGCGCAGAAUGACCCUGAUGAAGCCUGGAAACAAGGCCAAAUUCCUCAUCCCACUUAUUAAACAGUCCCAUGCCGGGCAAUAUGUCUGUUUGUGUCACAAGCCUUCUAGUUGGCCAGAGAAGAGUGAUACCCUGGAGCUGGUGGUGACAGGAGCCUUCAGUAAACCCAGACUGUCAGCACAACCAAGUCCUGUGUUGGCCCCAGGUGGCAAUGUCACCCUCCAGUGUGUCUCAAAGCAGCAAUAUGACAGGUUUAUUCUGAUUAAGGAAGGACCACAGAAGCUCUCCUGGAUCAUGGACUCGCAGUAUAACCAAUCUUCUGGGCAGUUUGAAGCCCUGUUUUCUGUGGGCUUUUUGACUCCCAACCAGCUUUGGACAUUCCGAUGCUACAGCAAUUACAGGAACAAACCACAGGUGUGGUCAGAAUCUAGUGAGCCCCUGGAACUGUCUUUCUCAGGAAUCUACUACAAUAAACCUAGCCUGUCAGUCCUGCCCAGCCCUGUGGUGACCUCAGGAGGGAACAUGACUCUCAAGUGUGUCUCCCAGGAGGAAUAUGACAAGUUCAUUCUCACCAAGGAAGGUCAGAAGUUCCUCAGCUCCAUGAACUCACAGUAUAUACACAGUAUUAGGCAGUACCAAGCCUUUUUCUCUAUAGAUCAUGUGACUCCAGACCACACAGGAACAUUCAGAUGUUAUGGUUACUACAAGAGUACCCCACGUUUGUGGUCUGUACCCAGUGAUCCCCUGGAAAUACACAUCUCAGGUGAGUCAGCACCAUCACUCCUUCCCCAUCAAGGCCAUAUCCUGGGACCUGGGAAAACCCUGACCCUACAGUUUUGCUCUGGUGUCAACUAUGAAAGAUUUGAUCUGUAA